AUGGGGUUUUCUGUUGAUUUGAGGAUGCUGGUUCAAGUAGUGAACGCAGUUAGUAGCGUAAGUGGUGAGACUUUUAGCAGGAAGAUUAAAUUGUUUAGGAGUUUUGGGUUUUCUGAGGAUGAAUGUAUGGAUAUGUUUAGGAGGGUUCUGGGGUUACUUACGAUUUCCGAAGAUAAGUUGAAGUUUAAGAUUGAUUUCUUCUUGAAUGAUUUCAAGUUGAACAGGUGUGCGUUAGUUAGUUGGCCUACUUGUUUGACGUACAACAUCGAGAAGAGAAUAAUCCCUCGUUAUAGAGUUUUACGGGUUAUCAUCUCCAAGGGGCUGUUACAGAAGGAACCUAGUUUUAGACAUGUAUUGAUUUUGUCAGAGGAGAAGUUUCUAGGAAAAUUUAUAUCAAGGUUUCCAGAUGAUGCAGAGGAAUUUUGGGAGAUUUACAAGGGCGACCUUUUGGAUUCUUGA